AUGCCUCGCUCGUUGGUAUCCCUCGACGACGACGACCUCUCGUCAUCAACGUCCUCCUACGACGAGGAAGAAUAUCUUCUAGCACAACAGGAAUGGGAAGAAAGCAUCCAACAGCUCCAGCAACUAUUCGCGGUGGUUCUUCUUCCAUUUGUUGGCAAGUGGUUGGGUAGGCGGUGGAGUCAUUCCUUAUACGCGCGAUACACCCAAGUCGGCCUAGGAACGGAAUUCUUUUUCGGCCAAUUGUUUGGCAAACUCAAAGCAACGAAACAGUGA